AUGGACGCGGUAGCAUUGAUCCGCAGUAUGACCCUCUUUGCCAUAGUGAGUACAUCUGAUAGACUUCCUAGGUGGACCAGGGCGUCAUUCCUUUCAUGGCUGAUAGUUGGCGGCGGCCAAAGCAAUACCUUGAAUGGAUGGUGGAGGCAAAAUGCUGCAAUGGCAUUCUUCUUGAAGCAUGAUAACAUAGGUGCAGUUGAGAGUGGGAAGUGGACCAAUCAUAAGUAUCUGCCCACGGAUCAUAUGUUAGCUUUUAGGAAUUUGGAGGUCUUAAAUUUGGGGGAUAGUAUUUUGAGUGGGAGUAUUCCUCCAAGUAUACUAGCAUUACAUUCUCUCAAGGCUUUAUCUUUAGUUGGCUCUAAGACUAUUUUUUUAGCUCGCUGUAGGCUUAAUGGCACUUUACCUCCAGAUUUGUGUGAACUAAACAAACUUCAAGAGUUGGAUCUUAGUGAUAACAAUAUCGAAGGGACCCUUCCUCAAUGUUUGAAUAAUUUGACAAAUCUUAGGCUUCUGGAUCUCUCCAAGAAUCAAUUCACGCGGAAGCUUUCUGAAUCUCUCAUUUCCAGCCUAACAGCAAUGGAGUACAUUGAUUUUAGCAACAAUUUCCUCGAGGGCUUAUUCUCAUUUAGCUCAUUUGCUAAUCAUUCCAAGCUCGAGUUAACAACCAUCGAUCUUUCUCACAAUAACUUAACAGGACAUUUUCCCAAGUUGUUGCUAGAAAACAAUCCAGGACUAGAAUACCUACUUCUUAGGAACAACUCUUUGGUGGGUCAAUUUCGUUUUCCACCGACAACUUGCUUCCAUAUUGAUGUCUCAGACAAUAAGCUGGUUGGUGAAAUUCAGUCAAACAUAGGGGAGAUGCUUCCGCAAACAAGACGUUUAAACAUAUCCAAAAAUGCUUUUGAAGGACGUGUUCCAUCCUCGAUUAGCAACAUGAGUGGGAUUGGGCUAUUGGACAUGUCCUUCAACAAUUUUUCAGGAGAGGUACCAAAAGAAUUGCUUGCAGCUUGCACCCGGUUAGAGUUUUUGGAUUUGUCUCACAAUAUGUUUCAUGGUCAUAUAUUUUCAAAUCACUUUAAUAUGAGCAGUUUAAAUCUUAUGCGUCUGGACUACAACCACUUCUCUGGAACUCUAUGUUAUUUAACAGAUUUGUAUGUUUUAAGGGUUUUAGAUAUUAGCAACAAUUACAUGUCUGGUCAAAUUACUCAUUGGAUGAGCAAUAAACACUCGUUGUUUAAUCUCAACAUGCGGAAUAAUCUAUUCAGUGGUCAAUUUUCAUGUGAAAAUAUUACUUACGUAUAUUUAGACAUUUCUUAUAAUGAUUUUUCGGGAACUCUACCUUCAUGUCCAAUGGUUCAACAUUUGCAAUUCUUGCAUUUAGAAGGGAAUAGAUUUGGAGGAUCAAUACCAGAAGCUUUUCUGAAUUUUUCAGGAAUAUCGUCACUAAACAUUAGGUAUAACAAUUUAUUUGGAAAGAUUCCAAGUGUGAUUGGAUCGCUUUCUAGCUUAAAAGUCCUUUUGUUGAGUGGAAACCAUUUGAGUGGACUAAUUCCAAAUGAGUUGUGUCAAUUAAGUGAAAUAAGCAUAAUGGAUCUCUCCAAUAACUCUCUUUCUGGGUCAAUACCCCACUGCUUUAGCAACAUCACUUUUGGAAAUUUAGGGGCUUACCGCUUCAGCUUUUCACAAAAUUUGGAAUUCAUGUGGGCUCGAUCUUCCUAUUGGGAAUUUGGAGGUUUACUGAAGGGGCACACAGGUGUUGGGGUGACAGUUCAAUAUUAUGGAUUGCAACAAGAAGAAGUUGGCUUUGUCACAAAAAGCAUACUUAAGCCCUACAAGGGUGGGAUCCUAAAUAACAUGUCUGGAUUGGACUUGUCAUGUAACAACCUCACCGGUGAAAUCCCAUAUGAACUAGGAAGUCUAAGUUGGAUUCAUGCAAUGAACUUGUCCCACAAUCGAUUUGCCAGUCCUAUACCAAGCUCUUUCUCAAACCUAUGCCAAAUAGAGAGUUUGGACCUUUCUUACAACCGUUUGAAUGGGGAAAUCCCUUCAAUACUUGUUGAUCUAAACUUCUUGGCAGUGUUCAGUGUGGUUCAUAACAAUUUAUUAGGUAGAGUUCUAGAAAAGGGGCAAUUCUUGACAUUCGAAGCAAGUAGUUUCAUUGGAAAUCCAUUUCUUUGUGGGCAAAUACUGAAAAAAAACUGCAGCCCCAUUGUUGAGCCGGCACCUCACUCUCCAAGCAAAAGCGAUGGGAAAUGGUAUAAAGUGGAUCCAAUGACCUUCUUUGCAAGUUUUGCUGCUUCAUACAUCACAUUUUUCUUGGGAGUCAUAGUUGUUCUCUAUGUCAAUCCUACUUGGCGACGAAGGUUGUUCUAUCUAGCUGAAGAAUGGUUCUUUUCGUGCUACUACUUUGUUUAUGAUGCUGUUCGCAAGUUUGUAGCAUGCAUGUGCUGA